GCAGCCCGGCCAGCCUGCAACCUACCUGGGGAGCCCCAAAAAACUUUGUUAGCACCAGGGAGCGCUAGUACGGGAGACACCCCAGAAAUCUGCGCUGCCCCCAUCCCUUGGCAUCUCAGGUCCCAGCCGGGAGGAGGCGACCUCGUCGUGAGGGUCCUGAGGAUGAGUACCCCAGACUGACAAUCGGUCUCCCGCCCGAAGCAAGUCCCUCUUUCUCCCACCCCUGCGCUCUUGUCUAUAAGUGGGUCGGGGCGAGGUGCGGGGGGGGGCUCGCAGAAUUGGACAGGAGGGAGGGCUCUCCCCAGCACGUCUGCCUUAUUUGGCUAUUUUUUAUUAUUAUUAUUAUUAUUUUUUUUUAAGAAGGGGAAUGAAAUGGUAAAAAAGGUAGGGGGAAAACCUGGAAAGCCAACAGAGUAGAAAAUGAGACGCGGCUGGCAGAGACGGUAGGCAGGGAGGUGUGAGGUACCCUCUGGCCAGUCCCGCUGGCGGGCGCAGGAAGUCCCGGACGCCCCGUCGGAGGACGGUGGCGGCUGACUGGGGAGCGGUGACGUUCCCAGCAACUUUUGCAGGAGAUUUUGGCGCUUCAGGAAAAAGCCAUGAGGUAGAGACCUCCCAAGCUGUUUCCAGCUGGCGUCUGGAAGGAGUGGCUCAACUUUGUUCAGCUUCUUGUCCCUCAUGUUCUCAUGUUCGGCCACUUUCGAGGUACAGCCUGUUAGCUCCCACUAGGAGCUCCAGCAGCCGUCGAGGGAGAGAGACACGGGCCUCUCUACAGCUGCAGAUCCGCUGCGAGGCGGGCAGAGCAGGCAAGCACGGAGGCGACGCACCCACACGAGGCUGGCACACAUCAGGGAAAGUUCUGAAGGGCGAAGGACCUGGCAGGCUGGGUAGGAGGCGAGGAGAGCUGGGCUGAGCUGUAGGCGCAGCGAGGGUGCGUGGUCUAUCUGCUCCUCGGUUGCUUCUCCCUUCAGGCUGGUUGGGGCGGUGCAGUGCAGCUGGGGGAGCUCUUGGGAGCUGCUUUAAAAAAAGAAACAAGAAAAAAGAAAACAAAAACCUUCCAGGAUUUGAUUAAUUACAACAAUUCCCUCCUCGGAAGAUCUGGAAAAGAGUAUCGAGAAUCACCUAUCCAUUCCUCCGCCUUUCAGCAGCUGGCUCCUAACCCCCACCCUCGCUUCCCCCCUUCCCCCUUUUUCUCCACCUCCUUCUUCUCCCCGUCCGCUCCAGGGGCUGCGGCCAGAGCCUCGUCAGGAGGAGGGAGGAUGAGGACUCACUCAAGUUGGCCCUAGUUGGCAGCACUUCGGGCAGCGCGGGACUUGGGAACGCACUCGGCAGCUCCCGCUGAACAAAGGAGCCGGUUUCCCGCAGAGAUCGGGGGACAGCGCUGGGCUGGCCCGGGCCCUGCUCCUGCCCUAGCCCGGUCCCGGCCCGGUUCGCGGCUGCCUGUUCGCCUGGAGAUCCUCGAGCAACCUGGCGAGGGGAAGCGGGAAGCAGCACCACUCCGCGUUUCUGUUGUCCCUGCUUCCUUCUUUUGCUCUCUCCCUCCUUUUUCUUUUUUAUUUUUUUUUAAUAUUUUUUUUCCCUAAAUCUUAAAUUUUACCCCCAGGCCGCCUCUGUGUGGGGGGUCCCCUCCGCCCGAGGGGCGCCGGUGCCCGGCGCGAAGAGGGGCGCAUGGGGCGGCGUUUCGGGAGGCUUUCGGCUGCUCCUUGCUCUCCCGCCGGAUGCUGCCUGAGCCGUUUUGGCUGGUUUUUUUCGCCGGCGAUGAAGGCUCUGUCUUGAAGAUGGACAUGAUCUGUUUUUUAUUCCUGUCUCUGGUGCCGGUAUACAGCAGGGGACAAGGGGUGUACGCUCCUGCUCAGGCCCAGAUCAUCCAUGCUGGGCAAGCAUGCGUGGUGAAGGAAGACAACAUCAGUGAACGUGUUUACACAAUUCGGGAGGGGGACACUCUGGUCCUGCAGUGUCUGGUCACAGGACACCCCCGGCCACAGGUGAGAUGGACCAAAACUGCUGGCAGCGCAUCGGACAAAUUCCAAGAGACGUCAGUGCUUAACGAGACCCUUCGGAUUGAGAAGAUCCAGAGGCUGCAGGGGGGCCGCUAUUACUGCAAAGCAGAAAAUGGGGUUGGGGUCCCUGCCAUCAAGUCCAUUCGAGUAGAUGUGCAGUAUCUAGAUGAACCUGUUCUCACCGUUCACCAGACCAUCAGUGAUGUACGUGGCAGCUUCUACCAGGAGAAGACCGUCUUCCUCCGCUGCACUGUCAACUCCAACCCACCAGCUCGCUUCAUUUGGAAACGGGAAGCUGAGAUACUUUCUCACAGUCAGGACAAUGGUGUGGACAUCUAUGAACCCCUUUACACACAGGGUGAAACUAAAGUCCUGAAGCUGAAGAACCUUCGGCCUCAGGAUUAUGCCAGCUACACAUGCCAGGUGUCUGUCCGCAAUGUCUGCAGUAUCCCUGAUAAAUCCAUCACCUUCCAGCUCACAAACACCACAGCCCCACCUGCUCUGAAGCUGUCUGUCAAUGAGACUCUGGUGGUCAACCCUGGUGACAACAUCACUAUGCAGUGCUCUGUGACAGGUGGUGACCCACAGCCAGAAGUGGUUUGGUCCCACUCUCCUGGCCCAAUGCCUCCCAAUAGCCUUGUGCAAGGAGGCAACCUCACCAUCUGGAGGAUCCGCGUGGAGGACUCGGGCUACUACAACUGUACGGCCAUCAACAAUGUGGGGAACCCAGCAAAGAAGAUUGUGAACCUGCUGGUGCGGUCCAUGAAGAAUGCCACAUUUCAAAUCACUCCUGAUGUGAUCAAAGAGAGUGAGACCAUCCAGUUAGGCCAGGACUUGAAACUCUCUUGCCAUGUAGAUGCUGUCCCCCAGGAGAAGGUUGUCUAUUCGUGGUACAAGAAUGGAAAACCAGCCAGAUUCUCAGACCGGUUGCUCAUCACCCGCAAUGACCCUGAGCUCCCACCUGUGACCUGCAGCAUGGAGAUCAUUGACCUGAGAUUCAGUGACUACGGCACAUACCUGUGCGUGGCUACCUUCCAGGGAGCACCCAUUCCUGACCUCAGUGUGGAGGUGAACAUCUCCUCAGAGACAGUGCCACCAACAAUCAGUGUCCCUAAGGGUCAGUCCACUGUCACUGUACGGGAAGGCUCCAGGGCUGAGCUGCAGUGCGAGGUUCGGGGAAAGCCAAAGCCACCCAUCAUCUGGUCCCGGGUAGAUAAGGAAACACCCAUGCCUUCAGGGACAAUGACAAUGGAGACAUACAAUGGGAAGCUGCACCUGGAGAGUGUGAGCCGAGAAAUGAGCGGGACCUAUAAGUGUCAGACAGCCAGGUACAAUGGAUUUAACAUCAGACCCCGAGAAGCCCUGGUGCAGCUCAACGUACAGUUCCCCCCCGUGGUGGAGCCAGCCUUCCAGGACAUACGGCAGGGCAUGGGGCACAGUGUCACCCUGCGCUGCACCAUGCUCAAGGGCAGCCCUAUGAAGGUGGCCACCUCCGUCUGGCGCUUCAACGGCAGCCUCCUGGCACAGCCCCUGGCAGAGCAACAGGACUACUCAGAGCUCAAAGUGGACAGCGUUAGCUGGGAGACCAGUGGGAGCUACGAGUGCAGCAUUUCCAAUGACGUGGGGGUCUCUGCCUGCCUCUUCCAGGUGUCUGCAAAAGCCUAUAGCCCAGAGUUUUACUAUGACACUCCCAACCCCACCUUGAGCGAGAAGCAGUCCAAGAACUAUUCUUACGUCUUGCAGUGGACCCAGAAGGAGCCUGAUGCUGUGGAUCCCAUCCUCAAGUACCGACUGGAAGUCCGUCAGCUGUCUCAGAGAAACACCAUCCAAACCUUCAUUCCUGUGAAGAAAAUUGAGAAAGGCCUGUUGCUGGAGCACAUCUUGCCCAACCUGAAAGUGCCUCAGAGCUAUGAAGUUCGCCUGACACCCAUCACCAGCUUUGGGGCUGGAGAUAUGGCUGCCCGCAUCAUCCGGUACAUGGAACCAAUCAACUAUCCCAGUCCAACAGAUAACACCUGCCGUUUUGAGGAUGAGAAGAUCUGUGGCUUCAUGCAGGACAAGAUGGACAACUUUGACUGGACCCGGCAGAAUGCCCUGACCCAGAACCCCAAGCGCACUGUCAACACAGGGCCCCCCACAGACAUCAGCGGUACGCCGGAGGGUUAUUACAUGUUCAUUGAGGCAUCCCGGCCCCGGGUGACAGGAGACAAAGCCCGGCUCAUCAGCCCCCUCUACAAUAUCACUGCCAAGUAUUACUGUGUCUCCUUCUACUACCACAUGUAUGGGAAACACAUUGGCUCCUUGAACCUGCUAGUUCGUGUGCGGAACAAGCGAGCCAUUGACACCCAGGUCUGGUCCCUCAGUGGGAAUCGGGGCAACAUGUGGCAGCAAGCACAUGUGCCCAUCAACCCGCCUGGGCCCUUCCAGAUCAUUUUUGAAGGUGUCCGGGGCACGAGCUACGAGGGAGACAUUGCCAUUGAUGACGUCACUCUGAAAAAGGGAGACUGCCCAAGGAAGCCCAUUGGACCAAAUAAGGCUGUUGUCCUUCCAGGAAGUGGUGUCUCAGCUCUGCACAGCCCUUGGCUUUGUGGCCCAUUGACUUUCUUCAUUAACGUGCUGCUCAGAUGAUGGCAAGCGAGCGCUCCUGUGUUCGGACCAAGACAUUCCUGCUCCUUUCCUACUCAGCCACCUCUGCUCCUCUUCCUCCCUUCCUCACUGGCACACCAAAGUGUCCAUAUGUUACCAAAGACUGACAGGCAUGACCAUGCAAAGGGAUCUGGUUCAGAACUGGAGCACUCCUUGAGAAAGUCAUAAUGUCUAGAAUAAAAUUUAAAAAUAAAGACAAAACUUUUUUUUAAAAGCACAUGCAUGAGAGAGAGGAAGGAAAGAAACACACACAAAGAAAAGAAGGAAUGAAACACAAAAAAUAGGAAUGAAGAAAUGUGAAGAGCAAAUGAAUGAAGAAAAAAACCACGCCCAUGUUUCCUUGAGAAUGUUGAACAGGGCUUCCUCAGGGAAGUGGGAACUUGUUUUAAACAAGCAAAAAUAUAUUAAAGCACAAAUUUCUACAAGAACAGUUACCUUCUUUGCUGCAGUGCCCACAGCUUAGUGGAUUAUAUCCUGCAGUACUCCCCUUGUCUCCUCAUGCUUUCCUGUUGGCUGGGGCUGCCCUGCUCUGGCUGCAAGCUCCCUGCAGUAACACCAGCCUCAUCCGUGGGCAGCAGUCGCCCUGCGUGCCAGCGCGCCUUUCCUCACACUGCAUGUGCUUCAGUGUCUCCAUCCAUCCAUCCAUCCAUCCAUCCAUCCAUCCAUCCAUCCAUCCACAUCUUCCAGGCUCUCCCGUAUUUGAUUGCCCCCAGUGUGGUUUGCUUCGGCCUUUCCCCACCACUCUGUGCUUCUUGUCCCCCAGCCUGAAGAAGAUGGAGCAAGGAAGGGACCAGUGACAUGGACCACACUGAGUGGUGAAGUCCUGGCUGGACCCAGAUGCAGCACUGGCAUCCAAGAGCCUCUCUGUCUUUCAGCACUCUUGCUGGGUAGGGAGCAGAUCUGAGCUGCAGACAGAAAAGUCUGGUCUCUAUAGGGCUGAGGGAUGGGAUGUGAUGGGAGGGGACUAGAAGGGUGGAGCAGUUGCACAUUGGCUCCCCCCUGUGAAUAUUGGGAUGAUGACCACCUCAGCCCUAAACCCAGGAUUGUUUCUCUGCCUAUAUUUUGUUACCUAUUUAUUUUGGUUUUUAUGCCAUUGCUUAACUUCCUCCACCUCAAGUUUUCUGGAUUAUGAGAAGAGUCAGGCAUUUAAAUGUUCUUCAGCCAGGCAGCAGGUCCUGUGUCCAUGACCCAGCCCCUGGGCUGGCAGUUCAGGCAGCUCCAAUUCUGCCCUCUCACCUCCUGAGGCCUUCCUGCAUGCACAGUGCAUUUACUGCAGUGUGGGCAAAAGGUGGCAACAGCAUCAUUGCUCAGGGCUGAGGUGGCUGAAAUUUGUCAGUACAUGGAGUCACACAGGCACUCAGUUUCCACUGCCAGGGCAGUGGGCAGAGGAGCUGAAAGGUGGAACAGGCAGGAAACUGCUGCAAGAAGAAUGGAGGCAGGAAGUUGGCCCAAAAGAGGGGCUUGUGCUGAACUGUGUGGCCCUGUUUGCCACUGAGGAACAGGGGAACAGCGAUGGGGGAAAUUUACCUUUUUCUUGAUGGUAUCAUGAAUGGGUAAAGCUGGCGUUUCUCUCAGCUGCAGACCUGUAGCAGGUCUGGCCUAACCUCCUCAAGGUGGAGGCACGUGCUGCUCCUUCUCCCCAGGAGGAGUUGCCCUGCACCAGCCAGACAGGAGCUGUGAUAGCCUUGUUGCAUCUGGAAGCAGCUCUGGGUAUGACUUACCUCCCUGCACAGGGCAGAGUUAGCCCCACAAGGCUGUGAAUUGGGGUUUACUAGACUACACUGGCAAUUAAGUGUGACACUUCCUCCUAAAGGACACCCCCUCCAAAAUCCCUAUCUGAAGCACCACAGACAAGAUAGCUGUCUCACUGAAGACACAGUACCCAUGGCUCCUUACCCAUUUCUGAUUAAUAUAUCAGCUUCUCUAAGACAGCCGUUUUUCUCUGAAAUCACCUGAAUAUAUUAGCUGCUUCCUGCAUUGUUCAGCUUCCAGCCAUGGCUGGGGCAUCAUUGCCUUUACUGAUGGAGGGGGAAGGCUCUUACUUAACUCCCAGCAGAUCUAGCCACCAUCAGAGAGAGAAAGGACAUCAGCUCUGAGGGACAAGGGACCUUCUUCACAGGAGGCCUUGCAAGAUAGUGGGAGGGUGUGAUAUAUGUCUCCCGAGCUCAUUCUGCUUUUUUCCAUUUCCAAGAAUGGGACUGUGUCUUUCCUUCUCCACUCCUCCCUCCAGAGCCUAGACCUCAAUCACAUUGCGCAUUUGACCAGGAAACCCAUGACUGUUGCCCAGGGCCAGGCAGUGUCAUGGGAUGCAGUGUGUGGGAGACAGCAAUUCUGCAUCUUACUGUUCAUUGCCAUUUUCAUGGGCAGCCAAGUGCUGCUUUUCUUCAGUCUGAGCUCUUUCAGCUCUGUGCUCUUCCUUUCCUCUGUGCUUGUUGGCAGUCAGAAGUCAUCACCCUGCUCCUGGUAAGAGUCCACUUUCACUCCUAGGAGAGAGACUGCCUUCCAGGGGAGCUUCAGAACUUCACAGUGGCUCCUGAUCUGUCAGCAGCAAAACAUCUGUGUUGCACUGCUGUUUGCAAGAGGCUUCUGCUGGGCAGAAGGUGGAGACAGGAGUGCUUCCCCAUCGGUAAGAGAUAGCCCAGGGCAACCAUCUGCCCUUCUAAACUCUGAGGCAGAGGCCCUUGUGGGUUUGCUUCUACAGACUGCUCAUCCCAGGCUGCACAAACACCCAGGUUUUGCUGGUGUUUAGUGGGUAUUGGAGGUGCUGUGGGGCUGGGGAGGUGGAGCCUGGAGGUUCAGGAUGAUGGAUAAAGCAUUACCUGUGAGUCAAGUGUGAGCAAAAGGGCACUGCACUUUUAGAAAGGAUGCCUGCAGGGAGGGAGUCCAUGCCCCAUUGCCAGCCCCUGUGAGGAGGGAUGUAAGAGCCUCACCACACCAACCAAUGCCACAGGGGGCAAGAAGCCCUUUGGCGGCUGUCGGUCCAGGACAGAGCAAGGAGGUUGCCCCAGCCAGAGGUGAAGCCUUCUCGUGCUAUCAGGUGUCCAUCAACUUCAGUAAGUCUCAGGAAGCCCCUUCCCACUUAGACCUCUGUUCUUUUAUCUCUGGCUAGUAAGCAGCUGGUGGUGAGUUUGGGGGAGUCAUUAACCCAAGUGCCUCUGCUUUCCAGAAGUACCAAGGACAAAAGGAAUGACCUCAUUUCCCUGGCAGUUGUGCUGAGAGAAGUUAUCCAAGGAAAGAGGGACUUCAGCAGCAAGGAUGGGAAGCUGUACAGUGAUGGGGCAGUGAAGAGGCAGGGUCCCUCUUCUUUGAGGACAGUGGUAUUUGUGGUUUACUACCCCAUGCUUGAGAGGCAAGUCUUGUGGUGGUAAUGCAUCCCAGGUGAGAUGUACAGCCAUGCUCCUUGCCCCUUCCAGUUAAAGAUCCCUUCACAUUUUUCACAGCGUUCUGGCUAAGUUACAGUCCUUAAACUUAAUUACUGUCUUCUUAAAUAUCUGUUGCAGUCCCAAUGUUAUGUUUCUCUUCCUGAUGUUUUAUGUCGUUCUGUACCUAUUGAGUAGCUGCUUUAUUCCACUCCAGAAGUGGCUGCAUUUUAGCAAUGGUGGAUAUUAUUUCUGUAUAUAGUAUGAAAGUCCCUGCAGAAGAAAAGUGCAAUAUAAAUUUAAGAGACUGCUUUUAUUUACAAGGAGACCUCUGCUUGGUAGUUGUAGAAACACAUUAGGAAGAAUGCUGUGUGGGUGUUAGGCAACUUGAUUUCCUUUUUCAGGAUAUAGAACAGAAAAUAUGUGAGUGUGCAGGCUCCUGGGUAAAAGUUGUAUAUAUUAGAAGUAGUGAGUGCUACUGUGUAGUUACAAGUGGGGCGUACAAAGAAACUUAUAUUUGAAACCUCUUUUUGUAGUUGUUCAUUGUAUUCUGAAAAAUAUGCUUUUUAAUUAUAAUUUUCUAUAGUCCAGUGCAAGUUCAAAUAGCAGGUCAUCAACAGAACUUUAAGCCCUGGCUUUUAACAAUAUGAACAUCAAUUCCUACUGCUUGCCAUGAAAUACAGUUCCUGGCUGGUAAUAAUAAUAGACUAUUUUUCUUCCACAAAGAUCAGCCACUGGAAAGCAAUGGAUCUAAUAUUUUCCAUUUGAUCUGGAGUUAAGUAAUUAGGAGCACCUAAGUGCAACUCUUCCCAGCUGUAUGGGAUUGAAAAAAUGUUUCAUGUAUAUGAAAAACUUUGCAUAGUGCACAAAUGACUUGGGGAAUGCUCUUGGGUCCCUUUCAACUCAGCAUAUUCUGGGGUUCCGUGGUUGGCAGGCAUGCAGACUGGCUCCAGCAGAGCUGCACAGCGUGCUGCCUGGAGAACAGCUGUAGCAACAGUGAUAGGGAGCCCUUCUUCUGGGAAUUAGUUUCUUCUGGAAAGAAAUAUGGUAGCAAUCAGGGGAAAAUUGGGAGGGGGAGGCCUUCAGAAUUUAGGCUGGUAAUUUUUUACAAAAUUAUUUAGAGAUGUGAGAAUGAGUGUAGUAAACAUGAUACCAAUCAUAUUUUAUUCCCUAUUGCUAUUCAAAGUAUUGAAAUUUAAUCUCUUUCUAUACAAAAUCUUGUCAGUGCACUACUCCAGAAUUACAAAAAAAAUACCACCAAAGGGAGAGCAGAAUCUAGAUUCCACCUCCUCAGCCUGCCCCUAUCACUCUGUGCCAAGAAGCACCCAGCUUUUAGGUUGAUUCCAGGUGCUUCUCAGCCUGGGGAGGACAGUCAGUGGUGGUGGUGGGAGAAGCUCCCCUCCACCACUGCCCUGAGCCUUGUCUCUAGCAUGAAGUGGUCCCCAUGCAAGACACUGUCAGGAGCAAGCCCUGCUCCCCAUUAGUUCUCAGUGAGGCUGAGGCAGGGUAUUUUACCUAUGGAAAUUGCCAAGGGGUACUUCAUGCUGCCCUGGGCAGGGACAGGCAAAGGAACCAGGGCAUUUUCCCUCCUCCAUGGAGUAAAUGGUGUCACCUCACCCAACUAGAAGAGAAAAACUUUUUGUUAAAGCAGAGAGCUCAGGAAGUUGCUGCUUCAGGAUGCUGCUGUUUUAGUCACCUUUGUCUGUCAGUACCAUGCAGAUAAUCCAUUUUUCUCUGGAAAUCCUGCAGCACCCCUUUGCCUCCCGUGUGCCUUUGGGUGUCCUAGCAACGGCAUGGAGGAACAUAUCACCAUGGGCUCUGUGCCUUGAGCUGGGUGUGGUGGGGCAUGGUGCCACAGCACCUACUGAUGCCUAGCUCUAGCACCCAGGGAAAAGGACCCUGCUUUUCAGUGAUGACAGGCAGUUGCAUUGUGAGUAUUUUCUGUGAAAGGAUACUCCUCCUGUCACUCUUGUUUUGGAAGAGGCCACUUUUUGUCCUUUAAACUGCCCCCAUACAUUGUCUUUUCCAAGCUGCCCUCAAUGUGGGUGCAUCCCUGUUCAUAAUGACAAGUGUGCAGCAGCAGGACCCUGUGCAGGCUGUUGCCAUAAUUUGUAUUUGCUUUGGCCCAACUGAUAGCUGCUCAUCCUGACACAAAAGGCUUUUACAGAAGAAAAAUGCUUGAGGGCUCUGGAUAUUGCAUUUUAUCCUGACCAAAUUUAGACUCCAUGGUAAUAACUGGCAGCUGUUGGUUUCCAGCAGGGAGCUGAAUAGCCUUGGUACACCCAGCAUCUCAAAUGAUGUUUGUGGUAUAUGUGUGUUUCCAGUACUUCCCUUGGGAUUCAGGCACACCUCCAUUUAGCUGACCAUCUGCCACCACCCAGCACACCACAGGGGAUUUUGGGAUCUUCUGAUGGCUACUUAUAAUUUGGUAUGGUCAUAUCAGACCACUUGUGCCCUGGAGGCUUUAAACAUCCCAAGGAGCACUGUGGGACAGUCCAAGGCCACUUUUGACCAACCUGCCAUUCCAUAGAGGGGAAGGAUGCAUCUUGCAGGCAACUGUAGUCUGCAGGAUAACCUCUUGGCCACGGAAAAGCAGAGCCAUCCCACUCCAUUUUGUCUGAGAUGUGUGCUUGACAUCCAGACUUUGGCCUGUGAUUCAGGUGCAUGCUCAGUGGUUUUGCUAUCAAGCAUCCUUUCUCAAAAGGAGAGAGAGCUCCAGAGACAGACAGCAAGUGAGCAGGAUUUAUUGUGUCCCUGUGCUGCAUGACUGCAGGGAAUGGGGGCUCGGUCUAGAUCACCUACAUUAUGCUCUAGCACCUGCUCCAUCUUGCUCCCUGCAGCCCUGGCAAAGCCUUAAGGGCUGGUGGGGCUGCCCGGUGGUGGUGGAGCAGAGCAUGUGUUGGCUCCAUCAGGGACCUAGUGUGGGGUCAUGUCCUGGCUUCAUCAGAGGCAAAGGAGGGCUCACAACAGUCCCAUGCAUGGCAGAAAGGAUGGAACAGAACUUGUUUGUGUUCUCUGAAAAAGGAGAAAUAUGAGAUCCAUGGUGCAUUGUCCUUUGUUUCACUGAUGGCAAGCAGCAGGCACUGACCUGCAGCUUCUCAGAUGCUGGGCAUCUGAGAGUAAAGGAGACUACAGAAAAUCCUGAGACCAGAUUUCCCAGUAAAAUACACUAGUCCAGCUCGAGAUCCUCAGCACAUCUGUACAUGAAGAAGCCAGGCAAGCCACUCUCCUCUUAUGGGUGAUCCUUGAGGAAAGGUGCAAAGGGCUGGUCCCAGCUUAUAAGCACUGUCCUCUCUGCUGCCUUUCAGGGUGAGGGUUUUCCAGCAUGGGGCAGAGAACAAGGGAAAGGGAGAGAUGCUGUCUUUACUGUUGCUAAGGUAGAGCUGGGUGAUUAGAGUUUUUUGUAGAGAGCUGUGCAGGUCUGUGGUAAAUCCAGAUUUUGCUUGCAUUUGCUAUGGCCUAUGAACAAUUUGCUCCUCUGGAAUGAGACAAAAUGUUGUGCUUCUGUUAACUAUUGUUCUAAAAGGAAAUUGGGCUAUGAAUGACUUAGAGUGGGUUUUUUUACCUCUAGGAUGGCCUAAACUUGGUAUAAGACAGGGCCAGCUGGACAGCUGUCAUACAGUGCCAGUGCCCAAAGCUCAUGGUGAUAGAUGUGCCUUAUGUCUGGGCCCUUGCCUGAAGCCCUGAGCCAAGUAAAAGGUAUCCAUCUAUUCUGCUGCCCAUGUGCAUCUGUCCUGUCUGCCAGCUAAGUCUGUAGGAAGAUAAAAGCCCUGUUGCUGCUGCUGCUGCUGUGAGCCAGUGGGGAUCUGCUUUGGCUGGGAGAGAUGGCUCUGGUCCUGCCAUUUAGGCAGUGAAGUGGCUUCCAGUUGUAUAAAGCACAGCUGUUACAAUGGAGAGAUACUCCAAGAUCUUCAGAAGUUGCAUAUCUACAGCAAGCCUCAUUUCAUCAGCAAAGGCAGGCCCUUGGUAGGAGCUGGAAUAUGCCAGAUGUCAGCAGUUCUGCUGCCAUUCUUAGUGAGCUGCACCUCCUUUGUUCUCAGCAUUACUGCAGCUCAAGGCUAAGCCCAAACUAGCUAAGAGCAAGUGCAACCCCACUUCCUCCUCUGCAUUGCAGCCUCUGUAGGAAGCCACCAACUGGUUUGGUUUUCUUUUGGUGACCCUGAUAAGUAAGGUGGUGCUGAGAUGAAGCUGUUUCCAGGUGUUGGUUGCACUGUAAGUCCAGCACCAGCAAGGUGUUUAUCUCAGUAGCUUGUAGAGGGAUCAAAGCUAAAAGCUGAGGUGGGGGUCUGUUGCAGCUGCCAGAAAUGCAGCAGGGAGGAGACAGGGUCCCUUUUGGAGGUGGAGUCCCCACCCUUCCCAUUUCCACAGUCCAUGCUCCAACUCUGAGCACCUUCAAAGGUGGGGCAUUUGGUAUAUCAUGUCUCACUGGGCCUUGUUGUCAAGAGCCAAACAGAGGGACAUCCAGGUUGUAGCAGCAUGGUCAGCUCAGGCAGCACCUAGAUUGUGCUGAGAGGAGAAUACAGAUACCAUUCUGUCUGUAAAAUGCCACAGGCAUUGACAGGAAUAGUGUUUGGGUCUUUUGUAUGGUGGCAGCACAUACCACACAGAGACUGAGCAAGGGAUUGUUGAGCACAUUUCCCUGGGAAAAUUCAGAUGCUCUUGAGGGAAGGUAUUUACAGACCAGGAGCAAAGAAGCUUUCCCAUGCAUGUAGCAUCCUGAGACAAGAAGAUUCAGAGUUUGCUGGAGGUGACCUUUUCCUCUCAUCAAACCUUGUUUGUUCUUCUUUGCUGCCUAUCCGCAGCUUCUCAGCACAUUAAUGUAAUUGCUGGUGUUAAGACUGGGUAAAGUGGCUUAGUGUCAGUGCUUUCAAAUAGAUGAGUUUGGCCUGUUUUCCAGUUUUCUGGAUCUUAUAGAUGUACCAUCUCAUUCCAGGGGGCCCUACAGCAUGCAUUCAUCUCAAGACAUUCCCUAAAAGCUGUGAAUGCUACAGAUAUAUGGUUCUUCUUUGUGGUUUUAGUCACAGCCCUUCCCUGACAGCAUGGAGACAAUCUCUAAUUUCUAGAUGGAAUGGGAAAUUUGGUGCCAACAUGUUUUUGCUUGGGUCCUUUUUCCCAGUCAGAACCAUCCUGACCGUAUCACAAUACACAUAGCAGAGGAAAGGGGCCAUCAUCCAAGAUAUAACUGUCUCAUGGGGAAGCAACUCUAACAUCUGCCUUUGGCCAGAAGUGAGCAUUAGAUAGAGAUUUCCACACUCUUUCUCACUCCAUGCUCCUUACUAACCCUCACCAAGUGUUUAAUUUCCAGCCUGGAGAGACAGCAGCAGAUUUCAUCCCUGGAUCCCAUAGAAGGGGAUUACACCAAAAUCCCAUCCUCAACUUCCAAGGUGCAGGGAGACCCAGCUCAGGCCCAACAAUGAGCCACUUCAGUGGGAUGCAGUUCCAGUGGGACUACAUUGCCUCACACUUCCAGGUCACCAAGGCCAGUAAGAAAGUGUUGGUUGACCUGACAGAAGUGUUUGGAAACAGCCCCCCAAAACUGGAGUGACAGACAGUCUGUUUGGGGAUACUGUGGAGGAGGGAGGGAGGUCCUCUGGUGUCUCUUGGGUUUUUUGCUAUCAGUAUCCUAGGUGGGGAUCCUGGGACACAUCCUCAUCUCCACCCACCUCCCUCAUUGCCACCAUGUCUUGUCCCAUCCCCACUCCACAUCUCACAGAGUGUCACUGCCACCACUGAGUAGAGCUGAGACCCUCUUGCCACCAUGAUACCAAGCUGUCCAUGUUAAAAGCACAAAACUCAAAGGGACUGAACUGAACCUUUUAAACAGGGUGAGAUGUUUUAUAAGCAUUGCUUCAUCCACCACCUCCCCCCAGCCCCAGUGCACCUGCCAUGUAACUUACAGACUCUCUGUGUGGAUUGUUUAAUUUAAAUAAAGCUGCAGUACUCAAGUGG